AUGUCAUUCCUCAGGCGCCGCUUCGGCGGCGGAAGCAAAGAAGACUCCUCCACCGAUGUCUCCCGCGAGCCUACGCCAGAUCCGGACCGUCCCGCGAACCUCCGCCUCAUCACGGCGGAGAAACUGCACACGUUGAAGAAGGGAGCCAAGGUCAAAAAUGGGAAGAAGAAGAACUUUUGGAUAUUCACGCUCGGAGGCCUGGCCGGCGUGAUGGCGGCGGCGUUCUUUGCGGGCAGCAACGACAUGAUCGAUUUGAGCAGUUUGGAGGGUGUCAAUCUGGACAGUAUCCUGGAUGCGCUUCCGCAGGGGUUCUUGAGAGAUGCGCAACAACUGCAGAAACAAGAACGCGAUGCCGUAAACUACGACUCCUUCGCCGUGGGACUGCAUGCCCGGUCGCAGGGCAUAUCGGCUGUACACCCUGUAAUCAUGAUACCCGGCGUCAUAUCCACAGGCCUCGAGUCAUGGGGCACAGAGGACGAUUCGCGGCAGUACUUCAGAAAGCGACUUUGGGGCUCAUGGUCUAUGAUGCGGGCACUCGUCCUAGACAAGCCAAGCUGGAAGAAGCACAUAAUGCUGGACACGAAGACCGGAUUGGACCCACCAGGCGUCAAGCUGCGAGCUGCGCAAGGCUUCGAUGCUACAGACUUCUUCAUCACGGGGUACUGGAUCUGGAAUAAGAUCCUCGAGAAUCUAGCGACCAUCGGAUAUGACCCCACAAACGCCUUUACGGCCGCAUACGAUUGGCGUAUGUCCUACAUGAACUAUGAGAUUCGCGAUCAGUACUUCACCCGCUUAAAAGCCCACAUUGAGAUCGCAGUCCGUGUCCAGAACAAGAAGGUCGUUCUCCUCUCUCAUUCCAUGGGCUCGCAAGUCCUAUACUACUUCCUGCACUGGGUCGAAGCGGAAGGUCACGGAAACGGCGGCCCAGGCUGGGUAGAAGCCAACAUUGACUCUUGGAUCAAUAUCUCGGGGUGCAUGCUCGGCGCACUAAAAGGCUUGCCCGCAGUUCUCUCCGGCGAGAUGAAAGACACCGCCCAACUCAACGCCUUCGCCGUUUACGGCCUCGAAAAGUUCCUCAGCCGCCACGAACGCGCAGAGUUAUUCCGAGCCAUGCCUGGCAUUUCCUCCAUGCUUCCACUGGGUGGAAAUGCUGUCUGGGGCGACCACACCGGUGCGCCGGACGACCAACCGGGUCAGAACAUCUCAUACGGGAACUUCAUCCGUUUUGCACGAGAAAGUAAUUCAAGUCUUACGAAGACAAAUUUGACCGUCGAAGAGAGCUUUCCGUAUCUGUGGAAAAACAGCGAACAGUGGUAUAAGGAGAUGGUGCAAAGGAGCUACUCUCACGGUGUCGCCCACACCAAGCGCGUGGUCGAGGAUAACCAGCUUAUUCCCGCGAAGUGGAUCAAUCCGCUCGAGACAAGGUUACCGCUAGCACCAAGUCUAAAGAUAUAUUGCUUCUACGGUAUCGGCAAGCCGACUGAGCGCGCGUACUACUACAGGGACGACCACGAUCCGUUGAGCAAGCUAAAUAUCACACUCGAUACGACGUUCGCCAGUGGGCCGGUCGAUCAUGGUGUGGUCUUAGGUGAGGGUGACGGCACAGUGAAUCUGCUAAGUAGCGGGUACAUGUGUGCGAAGGGGUGGAAGAUGAAGCGGUACAAUCCAGCGGGUGUCAAGGUCACGACUUACGAGAUGCCGCACGAGCCGGACCGCUUUAGUCCGCGAGGUGGACCGAACACUGGCGAUCACGUCGACAUCCUUGGCCGCUCCUCCCUCAACGACCUUAUUUUGCGCGUUGCCGGUGGCCGGGGCGAACUCAUUGAAGAGACGAUACACUCUAAUAUCAGGGAGUACGCCGAGAAGGUCAAGAUUUAUGACGAGGAUGAGCCAGGCGAGCGGAUGCGUGUACCGCCUUGA